CCUAUGGCCCAUCCCAUCCCUCUUUCUCUCUGAAAAUCCAAUGAAGGACAACCCUCCUUGGAAGUUCGAACGCAGCCGCAGCCACCAUCGCUCUUCACUCAUUGCGGAUCUCUUCUCCUCCGGGGACAGACCGUGGGUGCCGCGUUGCGUGUGGAAGCUCUGUUCGCCAGAAGUUCGAACGCAGCCCACAGCCACCAUCCCUCUUCUCAUCGCUCCUAUCAGAGGAAAGAGGAGCUGCAGCCGCCGCCACCACUAGUGUAGUCUCGUCGUCGGCCCUGAAAUCGUCGUCUCUGUCCUCGCGUCAAGCCUCUGUCUUCGAGUCCCUUCCCUCUCUGUCCAAGUAAUGACGAGCUGAAGAAAGAAUCAAAUAUGGAAGGCGAUCUUCAGAAGUCUUUGUCCUUGCGCCCCAAUCGUAGAGGAGACCGAAAUAAUCAAACCGCAUCUGAUAAAGAUUCAGAAGCGGGUUUCCUUUCUUCAGGGUGGGCCUCCCAAGAUGGUUACCCGGUUAAGAUUGUUUGGAGGAAGGGGUUUAUUCGGUUGGUUCUUGUUGCGGGGAUCCUGUGGAUGCUAUUAAUUCUUGUUGCAUUGUUGUUCCAUAUAUGGUCUUGUCAAUCUACUGUCUCCUUUUUAUCAGUUAUGUGUAACAAAGAAAGCAAGGUUUACUACAUGUUAGACACUAUGGGACUUGUAUCAAAACCUCACAGGUGCCCUAUUCCUGUUGCCAACAACCCUGAUAAAAUUAUUAUCCCAAAUGGAAGAACUUCUGACAAAAUUGUUAAAAAGUUAUCAUAUGUUAUGGAAGAUGAAAUUUCACAUAAUGGUUCUCAAUCAUCUCCUCUAUUUGGAGGCCAUAUAAGUUGGAAGCAGAGGGAGGAAAGUUUCAAACUAAAAUCAAAUAUGAAGGUGCACUGUGGAUUUAUCCAAGGCGGUGGUGCUGACAUGGAUCCUGUAGACAUCAAAUAUGUCAAGAAAUGUAAAUUUGUUGUUGCAUCUGGCAUUUUUGACGGCUAUGAUCUACCUCAUCAACCAUCAAAUAUAAGUGACCGCUCCAAGAAGCUCUUUUGCUUUCUUAUGGCGGUGGAUGAAGUAUCUCUGAAAUUCAUUAGGGAAAAUGCUACUGUCAAAGUAGACAAUGAUGGUGGAAAAUGGGUAGGAAUUUGGCGUCUUAUUCUUCUUAAGCAUCCACCUUAUGAUGAACCAAGAAGGAAUGGGAAGGUUCCCAAGAUUUUAACUCACAGAAUGUUCCCUGAAGCACAAUAUAGCAUAUGGAUAGAUGGUAAAAUGGAGCUGAUAGUUGAUCCAUUGCUAAUGCUUGAGAGAUAUCUAUGGCGUGGGAAGCAUUCAUUUGCCAUUGCCCAACAUAAGCAUCACCGCAGUAUAUAUGAAGAGGCAGAUGCAAACAAAAGGCGAAAGCGAUAUGCACGACCCCUCAUUGAUCUCCACAUGAAAAUCUACUAUUAUGAGGGAAUGAAGGAAUGGAAUCCAAAAAAAGGGACUGCUAGUGAUGUGCCAGAGGGAGCAAUCAUACUCCGAGAACACACUGCGAUGAACGACUUGUUUAGCUGCUUGUGGUUCAAUGAGGUUCAUCUCUUCACACCAAGAGAUCAACUUAGUUUUGGAUAUGUUGCUUACAGAUUAGGGGAGUCAUUCAACUUCUUCAUGUUUCCAAACUGUGAAUAUAAUUCACUGUUUGUGUUGCACCCUCACACAAGAGAGCACUCUUCUCCCAUUGAAUGGGUUAAACGGUUGGACGAACUCAAGAAUAGCAACUUAAGAGAAACUAGAGGAGGAUUAGGUUUAUUCACCCCUUAUCCAGGGAAUCUUAAAUCUGUUGUUCUGCCAAAUGUAACAAGAACAUCUAAAGCAGGCUGAAUUUUUGUUUGAUAACAUUAAUACAUCUCUUAUGUAAUUUUUCCCUCGAGAUUUAUUGUUAAUUUACUUGAUGAAUGUGAG